AUGUCUUCUCCAGCGUCUUCUCGUCGGCGUGGAAGGCCCACUAGAGGCUCUGCCACAUCAACGCCCACCCGACCGUCCACGGGCACACCUGGCCCUGCUCCUAGCAGCGGUCAACGCUCACAACCCGGCACCCAAGCGACUCCUCGCUCGAGGCGAAUUGAAGUCGUUGUGCCUUCAUCAUCACCCAUGGCCUUUCAGUCCUCGCCUACGGGUGCCGCACGACAAUCUGCAACCGCCAAUGGAGACGCCAGGAUGGACCGGAGCUCACCGAUCAGAGCUCCUUCAGAUGCGAGCGAUGGCCAGACGACGCCGCGGGCCAGUAGACGGCCUGUAGCAGACUCAUCGCCGAUUCGCUACAUGUCCAGCUCCAGCCCUACUCGCGCAACAAAUCGCCAAAGUCGCACCACGGAGAUCCCUACCAGUAGCAGUGGUUUAUUCGUUCGCUCGUCCCAGGGGAAUGAGUUUUCAGAUAUCGCAAACAUCAAUACGCGACGAGGUGGCCUCCAUUCCGAUGCGUUUGGCAACACUGCCUCCAGGCGCCGAGUGCUCGUCGAUGAAAGAGGUUUACCCGUUCGUGACGGGGAUCUGCAAUCAGCAGCAACCUUCUCAAACAUCAAUCCGAAUACAUCGGAAGCAGAUGCCCUCGGUGGGAAUUCUACCCGUAUCAUUUGGGGUACCAAUAUAUCUAUCCAAGAUGUAAUGGCCUCGUUCAAAAGUUUCCUUUAUGGGUAUACUCGAAAGUAUCGUAUGUGGGCGGAUGGAGCUAGUGAAGACGAUACCCGUGCAUUGGGUUCGGUGGCUGAUGAAAAGGAGUACAUUACGCUUCUAAAUGACAUGCGAAAGUUGGGAGUCACUGGGCUGAAUCUCGAUAUACGAAACUUAAAAGCAUACCCGCCGACGACGAAGCUAUGGCACCAAGUGCAGGCCUAUCCGCAGGAGGUGAUCCCUAUCAUGGAUCAAUCAAUCAAGGACGUGAUGAUAGACCUAGCCGAACGGGAAAUGACAGCAUUGAGAGUGCAGCAAGGGAAUCGAGGACGACCCUCAAGAGCAACAGAUUUGAGCUCUGCACCAAUUAAUCCAAGUUCAGAACCGGGAAAUGACGCAGAUAGACAGAUGCAGACUGAGAUACCGAACCUAGUUGCUGAAGUUGAAGUCAAAGCAUUCAAAACAUUACCUUUUGGUAUGGACCGCUCGGUUAAUAUGAGAGAAUUAGAUCCAGGAGAUAUGGAAAAGCUCAUUAGCAUUAAAGGGCUCGUAAUUCGAGCCACACCCGUUAUUCCUGACAUGAAAGAAGCAUUCUUCCGCUGUGAUGUGUGCGAACACAGUGUUAAAGUUGAUAUCGACCGUGGUAGGAUCGCCGAACCAACAAGGUGCCCGAGGCGGAUUUGCGACUCCCAGAAUUCAAUGCAAUUGAUCCAUAACCGCUGUGUAUUUGCAGAUAAGCAGAUUAUCAAAUUGCAAGAAACUCCGGACUCAGUUCCCGAUGGCCAAACUCCACACUCCGUCACUCUAUGUGCGUAUGACGAUUUGGUCGACGUGUGCAAGGCUGGUGACCGUGUUGAGGUGACAGGGAUUUUCCGCUCCAAUCCCGUGAGACUGAAUCCUCGACAGAGAACAAUCAAAUCUCUGUUUAGAACCUUUGUGGACGUUUUGCAUGUUCAAAAGGUGGAUCGUAAAAAACUCGGCAUUGACGCCUCAACAAUCGAGGAGGAAUUAUCCGAGCAGAUUGCUGGUGAUGUGGAACAAGUGAAGAAAAUCUCAAAGGAAGAAGAGGAAAAGAUUAAAGCUACGGCCGCUAGACCUGAUGUCUACGACCUGCUAUCGAGAUCCCUCGCCCCGAGUAUAUAUGAGAUGGACGACGUAAAAAAAGGAAUAUUGCUUCAGCUUUUCGGUGGAACGAAUAAGACGUUCGAUAAAGGCGGAAGCCCACGAUAUCGCGGAGAUAUCAAUGUUUUACUCUGCGGUGACCCAUCGACGUCAAAGUCUCAACUCUUGCAAUAUGUUCACAAGAUCGCGCCUCGAGGCAUUUACACUAGUGGCAAAGGCUCGUCCGCGGUCGGUUUGACGGCGUACAUUACCCGAGAUCCAGAAUCACGGCAGUUGGUUCUUGAAUCCGGAGCUCUUGUGCUUUCAGACGGCGGCGUUUGUUGCAUUGAUGAGUUCGACAAGAUGAAUGACGCUACCCGGUCUGUGCUGCACGAAGUUAUGGAGCAGCAGACUGUUUCUAUAGCAAAAGCAGGGAUCAUCACUACGCUCAACGCCAGGACAAGCAUUCUCGCGUCUGCCAAUCCCAUUGGAAGCAAGUAUAAUCCAAACCUACCCGUCCCCCAAAAUAUCGACUUACCUCCGACUCUCCUAUCCCGAUUUGACCUGGUGUACUUGGUGUUGGACCGGAUUGACGAACAAAAUGAUCGCCGACUGGCAAAGCACUUGGUGGGAAUGUACCUUGAAGAUACCCCGGACAACGCCAGCAACGAAGAAAUAUUGCCCGUCGAAUUCCUGACUAGCUACAUAACGUAUGCAAAAAAUAAAAUAUCACCUAGGCUUACUCCCGCGGCGGGUGAAGCUCUCACCGAAGCAUAUGUUGAAAUGCGCAAACUUGGCGAUGACAUUCGAUCUGCUGAACGUCGAAUCACCGCAACCACGCGUCAACUCGAGUCCAUGAUCCGUCUGUCCGAAGCCCACGCACGCAUGCGACUCUCCGAAGAUGUGACCACCGCCGAUGUCGAAGAGGCGCGGACGGGGCUGAUUGAUAUGAGUCUCCUCACUGAGGGCACAACGGCCAUUGACCGGCGCAACAGGGAGAUGAUGAAGAAGGAGAUCCUGGCAUUGGUAGAAGAGCUGGGUGGCCGCGGUGCCUCUGGGACCCGGUGGGCGGAGGUGUAUAGGAGGUUCGGGGAGCAGAGCAAUGUUGAAGUCACGGCGGCUGAGUUUGCGGAUGCUGUCCGGUCAUUGGAGUCGGAGGGAUUGAUUCGGAAACAUCCAAGAAAAGAAAGAGCUUUGUUUGGGACGCGGCGGAGCUUAUCUAAAGAGGAAGGCACGAGUGGCAAGGAGGGCGAUGUUGACCAAGCAUGGAAGCUCAGUGAUAAACGGCCGCUGAUACAUUGCUCCCGUCUUUGCAGGUUCGGCGAACAGCUUCGUUCGUCUCUCGUCAAAGAGUACUACUGGCACUACAUUGCCUACGACGACCUCAAAGCAGCCCUGAAGACAGAGCACCAAACCACCCCAACCCCACAGAACCCCAAUCCGAAGCGGAAGCCGUGGACUGAAGAUGACGAGAAGCGCUUCGUUCAAUUGCUCGAAAGUGAGCUGGAUAAGGUUUCUACCUUCCAGAAGCUCAAGAGUGAUGAGAUUGUAAGGAGGAUCAAGGCUAGUGAGCGCGAGGUGAACGAUGUGGUGUCGAGGCUAGAUCCCAGCGGAGGCCAGCAGACUAAUGGGGCGAGACGUCGCAACGCUCCUACGGACGAAGACUUUUUACUCUUAGAGGAAGACCUGAGCGAUAUCAUCGCCGACGUUCAUGACCUGGCGAAGUACACCAAACUGAACUAUACGGGUUUUCAGAAGAUUAUCAAGAAACAUGAUAAACAAACUCAAUGGUACCUUAAGCCCGUAUUUGCAACUCGCUUAAAAGCCAAACCGUUCUUCAAGGAUAAUUAUGAUGCUUUUGUCGUCAAGCUUUCCAAGCUGUACGAUGUGGUUAGGACGAAAGGAAACCCUAUCGAAGGAGAUAGCGCGGCAGGUGGCAGUCAGCAAAACUUUGUGCGAGGAACAACCAAAUACUGGGUGCAUCCUGAUAAUAUCACUGAAUUGAAACUCAUCAUCCUCAAGCACCUUCCUGUCCUUGUUUUCAAUCCCACCAAAGAAUUUGAAGAACGCGAUGCGGCAAUUUCAUCUAUAUACUUUGACAAUCCUGAUACUUGGGAGCUGUAUAUGGGACGGUUGAAGAAAACAGAGGGUGCAGAAGCCAUUCGACUACGUUGGUACGGUGGAAUGGAAAACGACCAAAUCUUCGUCGAGAGGAAGACUCAUCGCGAAGAUUGGACUGGAGAAUCGUCUGUCAAAGCACGAUUUCCCAUGAAGGAAAAACAUGUCAACGCUUAUUUGUCGGGGAAAAUGACUGUCGAGUCUGCAUUUGAAAAGCUCAGGAAAGAGGGCAAAAAAAGUGAGAAACAAAUUGCUGAUUGGGAGCAGCUGGCCCGCGAGAUUCAAUAUCGAGUAAUAACCAGAAGGCUCGUGCCCGUUACAAGAACGUUUUAUCACCGGACGGCCUUCCAGUUACCUGGUGAUGCGCGUGUCCGAAUAUCUCUAGAUACGGAAUUGACGAUGGUUCGAGAAGACAACCUUAAUGGACGCAAGAGAGCAGGCGAUAAUUGGAGAAGAAUGGAUAUUGGUAUUGACUACCCAUUCAGUCAGCUUCCAGCGGAGGAUGUGGAGCGCUUCCCAUACGCAGUGUUGGAAGUCAAAUUGCAAACCCAGGCUGGUCAAGAGGCCCCUGAAUGGAUAACAGAGCUUACAUCCAGCCACUUGGUUGAAGCUGUGCCCAAGUUUAGCAAAUUCAUACACGGCACUGCAAACCUUUUUCCAGAUCGAAUAAAUCUACUUCCUUUCUGGAUGCCACAAAUGGACGUGGACAUUAGGAAGCCGGUUAGACCAGGGUUUGGUAUCGAAAGGCCGCCGCAAUCAACUCUUUCGACUAGUGAAGAUAUGAUGGAUGAAGACGAGUCCGAUGAGGAAGAUCGAGCCGGUCACACGAAUGGCGCAACCCACGAUCACGUUGCCAACCAGCCUCGUGAUCUAGAUGACCCGAUGAUCCGCCAUUCACUGGGUGACAACUUACAUUUCCAGGCUCCAGGAAAUCAUUUGGAUAUUGAGGAACGCAUUGCAGCUCAAAAUUUACUCGGUGGCGAUAGCUACCCGCUGUACGACUCUGAAGACGAAUCAAAUGAUCAGGAUGAACUCGAAGAAGCACAAAGAAUCGGGGGUAUGCAUUACCGUUCUAAACUUGCAAAACAUUAUGCUCGAAAUGUCGGACGUUACGUCAUGCAUGGCAUGAAAUUCGUGCUGCCAGUCCCGAGGCCAACGGAGCUCCCAGACGGAGCAACACCUGGACGGCUACGGAAAGUCUUAGGGAGCGGGCCCCUAGAGGUCAAAAGAUUCAAAGCUCCGAAGGGUAAACGUAAGUAUUCCCGUCCAUCCAUGAAACAACGGCCAAGGUUUCUAAUCGUAUGUAGGAAUCCAUGUGCCUGUGCGGGUUGA